AGACCUGAGACAUGAGACUAGAAUGAAUUCGUUCCUGAACCAGAUUUCUAAAAAAGGAAAAUAAGCACAUAUCUCUUAACAAAAAUUUUAAGAAGGAUUUCCAGCAGUACCAGGAUAAUGACCUCCGUCUCAGAAUUGACGAUAAGAACGUUAGCAAGAAAGAUAUUGAGGAUGGAACCCAGAGUUCAAUGCGAAGAAAACAGAUUGAGAGAAGGAACCUGGUUAAGACAGAUAAUUUCAUCCUUCCAAAGCUUGGAGGGAAUUCUCCGUCCACUUCGAGGAUAGGGACAAACGAGCAGAUAACGGAGAGGUCGGAUCAUAAAGUCAGUAUCAUCCCAAUGAGGAGCAAUCUAAAAUCAAAUUAUUUGGCAGCUUCUGAGGAUAAAAGCUUGAAAGGAAAUCCUGACAAAGUCAAUGGUGUACUAGAUCAACAUCUCUCAGAUAUGCUUUUCAGUUACAAGAAGGGGAAAAAUUCAGAUUCAUCUAGUAGAAUGUCUGAAAAUCCUUAUAAUCGGUUCUUGAACCAUUCUGAAAGGUCUCAUGGCAGAAAACGAUACCGAAAGAAUGUAAAGUUCAGUAAAGAUGUGAAGAAAUAGCAGUGGCUUUUCUUGUUCCUAAACAUUUUCCUGCUGGUAGAGUUUCAA